UAGGGUUUCGAGCUCUUUAGAUACAAUGAAAAACCAGAUUUUUUCCUUUUCAUCGUAGGACUGCGAGAGAGGGAGAGAGAGUGUGAUAAUCGUUUGUUGCCUUCUCUCAGAAAUGGUUACCUUCAGGUUUCACCAGUACCAGGUCGUUGGGAGGGCUCUCCCAACGGAAGCAGAUCAGCACCCAAAGAUUUACCGCAUGAAGCUUUGGGCCACCAACGAGGUUCGGGCAAAAUCCAAGUUCUGGUACUUUUUGAGGAAGCUGAAGAAGGUCAAGAAGAGCAAUGGUCAAAUGCUCGCUAUAAAUGAGAUUUUUGAGAAGAACCCAACCAAGAUUAAGAACUAUGGGAUAUGGUUGAGGUAUCAAAGUAGAACCGGUUAUCACAACAUGUACAAGGAGUACCGUGACACUACUCUAAAUGGUGCAGUUGAGCAGAUGUACAAUGAGAUGGCAUCGCGUCACAGAGUGAGGUGCCCAUGCAUCCAAAUUAUUAAGACGGCUACCAUCCCGGCCAAGCUUUGCAAGAGGGAGAGCACCAAGCAAUUCCACAACUCCAAAAUCAAGUUUCCAUUAGUUUUCAAGAAAGUCAGGCCACCAUCCAGGAAGCUCAAGACCACAUACAAGGCCAAAAAGCCAAACUUGUUUAUGUAAUAUUUUAUUAGUCUUAAGAUAAUUCAAGAUUUAGUUUAUCAAAAUUCAAAAUUCUUUUUGAUCACUAAAGGGAUUCUUAGUUCGACUUCAAUUUAUAACGAGUAUUUUAUAGACUAUGGUUAUUUAAAGGAGAUGAAUGUUUGAAAUCUCAACGUGACAUAUAUUCUUAUUUAAUAUAAAAGUUCCAACUUUAACUUUA